AUGUUUGAUGAUGCAAAGAAACCCUUAUAUCCUGGAUGUAAGAAAUUCACGAAGUUGUCAGCCCUCGUGAGAUCGUACAACUUAAAGGUUAGAUAUGGUUGGAGUAACACUAGCUUCUCUGAAUUGUUGUCCAUAAUAAGUGAUCUCCUACCUGAAAACAACAAAAUACCAACUUCUUUAUACGAAGCGAAGAAAACACUUGGUGCCUUAGGACUGAGUUACCAAAAAAUUGAUGCAUGUCCUAACGAUUGUUGUUUGUAUAGAAAAGAGUAUGCAAACUCGACAAAGUUUCCUAAGUGUGGUUUGUCAAGGUGGAAGAUCAAUAAAAACUCAACAAAGGAAAGCCGUGGAGUGGCUGCCAAGCAGAUGUGGUAUUUUCCAAUAGUUCCAAGAUUUAUAAGAAUGUUUAAGAACUUAGAGAAUGCUAAAAACUUGCGUUGGCAUGCGAUGGAUAGAAACGUCGAUGGUAUUAUGAGACAUCCGGCUGACACUCCAUCAUGGAGGUUGAUAGAUCACAUGUGGCCAACAUUUGGGUCAAAACCAAGAAAUCUUCGUUUAGGUUUGUCGACUGAUGGAAUUAACCCAUUUGGAGAUUUAUCGUCGAACAUAGUUGUUGGCCAAUUACAGAAAAAGAAUUUUGAUGGUAAGCAAGAGCAUGGAAAUCCUCCACAGCCUUUGUCAAGAGAGGCCAUCUACUUUAAACUCAAAGAAAUGAUAUUUUCUUGUGGGAAGAAGUGUGGCAAGAACAAUAACGAAGGUGGCAAUGACUAUUGGAAAAGAAGAUCAAGCUUCUUCGAACUACCAUAUUACAAGAACUUGCAAGUACGACAUUGUCUGGACAUAAUGUAUAUUGAGAAGAAUGUAUGCAUGAAUAUAGUAGGAACAUUGCUUGAUAUAUCGGGCAAAAGUAAAGAUGGGAUGAAUAGUAGACUUGAUCUAGUGGAGAUGAAUAUAAGACCAGAAUUGGCACCAAUGGUUAUAGGUAAUAAAACUUACAUACCUGCAGCAUGUUAUACUUUGUCAAGAGAAGAGAAGUAUCGGUUUUGUAAGACUUUGUCUGAAAUUAAAGUUCCAGAAGGAUAUUCAUCAAAUAUUAGAAGUCUCAUCUCUUUGGAUGACUUAAAAAUUAAUGGCCUUAAAUCGCAUGACUGUCAUGUUUAA